AUGGCCGUUGCGCCGCACGGCUGUCGGCUACGGCGCCCAAGGCUCAUGGCAUGCUUCGCCGGCAACGGGGCGCUCUGCAUGCUGCUAUUGGGCGCGGCUGUCUGCACUCCUGCAGAUGCAGCGUCCGCGCCCAGAGCCGGGGUGCAAGGGCUGUUCAAGGUGCAGACGGCCAAUGUCACCGCAGCUCUCGGGCGGGCGCCGGCGCUGGCCCAGCGGUCUAAGGCGGCUCGCAUCACGUGCUGCCGGGAGACCAAGCUGGGCGAGAAGGCGCAACUCGAUUUCGCCAUGGACGUGGGGGCCGAUACCUCCUGCUUCUUCGGCCGGCGCCUAUCUGUCAAGGCGCGGCGGCCCGCGGUCCUGACCAGCAGGAACGUGACCAACCUGGGCGCCCACUUCGACAUUGCGCUGGCGGGCCGCAUGCGGUGGAUUGUUCGGCCCCCCCCUCCUGUGGACGUGGACUGCAUCGUGGGCGACGACUAUGCCGGCGAGGCUGCGAUCUGCACGGCCGCUGCUGUGCGGGGCCCCGUCGAGCAGCCCUUCGACGACGCCAUUGCUCGUGCGCGCCAGGGCGAGGGCGCUCAGCAGGCUAUGGAUCAGGCCGCCGCCGCGUGGUCGGACGCUGCCCAGCGGCAUCUGCAGUUGCGCGUGGAGGAUGUCUCUGGUUCUCCGCCGGUGGGCUCUGCCGCCAGCCGGACGCGGCCACCCAAGUUCGUUCGGCAGCGGCUGGCUGCGCCGUGCCUCCACAGGAAGCCCGAGCUUGGCGCCGCCACUGCAAUGACUCUCAAGACUGACAAGCUUUGGAGGUCGUUGAAGCAGCUUCACGCGAAGCAGAUACGCAUCAAUCACGACCGCCUGGCCCUGCGGAAUGGUGUGUUCGUCAGGGGCGCCGACGCGGCGAGCAUGCCCGAGGCUGCGCCGUUCUGGGUCCAGCACCACCACCUUCGGCACAACUGCGCCAUGCUGCUCGCCAAGUUGGCCAGGGAUGCGGACCAGCCCCUCGUCAUUGAAAACCCUGAUCUCAGCACUUGCACGGGCAUCCUGGGAGUGCUGGAGGCGGCGGGUGCCCACAUCGAGGUUCUGGCCCGCUCUCGCCAGCACCUCCGCUGCCAGCGCUGGGCCUCCAAGAUCAAGCGGGCAGCGACUGGCAUGACGGCUGCCCUCUUCAGUCACGUCAACAGAGACGAGAGGCUCGUCGAGGCUCCAGCCCGCCACCUUCGUCGCCCUGACGGUUCCCCAACGGUGGAUCCUGGGGAGAUGCACCAGCUGCGACCGCACGUGUGGGAGCCCAUUUUCAACAUUUGUGGCGACGGUUCUUCUCCGCAGUGGGGGGCUUACCAGGCAGCCCUCCGCGACUUUAUUCCGAGCGCGCCCUGCCAGUUCCCAGAUUUGACGGUGGAUAUGUUGCGUGCCAAGAUCAUGGCCACUCCGACGGCGCGUGCCGCGGGAGUGGACGGUUGGCGCGUUCGUGAAUUACGGAGUCUUCCCCUUGUCCUCCUUCGGCCUUGGGUUGACAUCUUCGCGACCAUCGAGACGCGGCACGCCCCGUGGCCUCAGGCCAUCGAUUAUGUGCGCGGCACGUUUUUGGACAAGGGAGAGGGCGGCGCCCCAGAUAAGUUGCGCCCCAUCCGCGUCUUUGCGUACUUCUACUGCCUCUACACCGGCCUGCGCUUCGACCACACGAAUGCACGGCGCGAGGCAGUUAUGCCCUCAUCCAUGCAUGGGGCCAGACGUGGGGCCUCCACCCACGACGUGCUGCUUCCGACUGCCCUGUGGGCCGAGUUGGCGGACCUCGAGAGUGCGGAGUUCGGUGGCAUUUCCUUGGAUAGGCGCAAGUGCUUUGACCGAUGGGUCUGGAAGCUGUCAUUCGAGCUGCUGGAGCGCAUGGGCACCCCUCCCGACUACCUCGGCGCAGUAGAGCGGCAGCUGCGCGUUCAGAAGCUUUUCUUUGGCCUCGAUGGAUCGGCUGGCAAUUUAUAUCCACUGUCUAACGGGUCCAUGGACUUUGACAGGGUGAGCGGCCAGCUCACGAACAUGGACAAGACCGUCGCCUUCGCCACUUCCCAGGCGCUCUCGGAGGCGCUCCAGGCACUGGCGGUGCAGGGUCAGCGCCUCAACACCACGACUGUCCUCAAGUUGCUUGGGGCGCACCUCGGCAUCACGGAGGCUCCAACGGAUGCGCGCCCCGAGGAGCGGUACCAGUCGCGCCUCAAGGUGGUGCACAGGCCGGCCGGCCUCCCGCUGGAUUCCGGCUCCAAGGCGCAGCUGCUGACAGCGGGGGCGCUCCCGAAGCUCUUCGGGGUGGAGGCUGCCUGUGCCAUGGUAUUCGGUUAUCUGCAGGUGGCGGCGCCUGGUUCGUUCGAAGGGCCAGCGCGCAGUUUCUUGGCCUUUCUGGCUGACAUCUCGUGGUCCCUCGAGGGCGUCGAGAUCCUGCGCGCGCGCCGGGGCGAACCCGCGCCGUGUCUCGAGGUCAGUGAAUCAUGCUUGCUGCGCGAGCUGCGCGACGGCCUCGAGGCGGUGGUGUGGCGCAAGCAGAUGCGCCGGAAGGACGUGCCUGAGUUGGCCCACGGCGGCCGCGCUGUGGACUACGAGGCGACAGCUCAGCUCCUUCGGCGGCCGCGAGGGCUGACCAAGUUCCAGCAGGGUCUGCUCCGCACUUUCGUCUCGGGAUCGAUCAACACCCAGGAUCGCAUCGGUGCUUUCACGGAGAGCACCGAUGCUGCGGUGGAGCUCUUCACGGCCGACCGUUUUCUCGUCGUCGCCGGCGACGGGGCCUGCCACCGCCAGCAGCUGCCUGUAUGCCGGCGGGCAGGGCACGGCGGUUUCUUUGGGCGAGGGCAUUCGGCCAACUUCUCCCUCCCGCUCCUGGGCGCGCAGCAGACAGCCCAGCGGGCGGAAGUAUCCGCCUGUGCCCGCGUGCUGGCCCACGCCUGGUGCCCUACGGAGUACUGGACAGUCUUGGAGAUAGUGUUCCAAGGCAUGGAGGCGCUUGACGCCGACCGCCCGCUCUCUGCUGAACACAGGGACCUGUGGGCAGACAUUGAGAGGGUCUACACCGCACGGGGCCGGAUGCAGUACUUUCGGGUUCGCAAGGUGAAGGGGCAUGACACGGAUUGGGGGCCCGACGACCCUUCUGACCCCACCCCACACGAGCAGCAACGCGCCCUGGAGACCACGCUCAACGGGGCUGCGGACCGCCUGGACCUCGUCCGCCGGGAGGCCACCCGCAUGCCGGCCACGAGGGCCGCGCAGCUUCGCGCGUUGCACCUGCUCGAGUGCCGGGCGAGCCUGCUGGGCGAGCAGCAGCUGGCGCCCAAGAGGCAGCUCGACGCGCGGCGAGCCAUGGCGCCGACUGAUGAGCCUGCCGCCCAGGACCUUUGUCUGCGUCCGAGUGUGGAGUACGCCGAGCUCGAGCAGCACCGCCUCCCAGAGUACCCGUGGGACCCGGCUGACAUCUUGGGCCCCGCGACGCUGCUGCUCACGCGACAGCUUCCUGCGCGCGCCGGCAGAACCAGACUCGACUCGGACUGCGGGAUCGACACGCACUGGCACUACCCCAACGCGCUGCUGCUGCCCCCCCAUUGGUAUUGGUCCAGUCUGGAGGCGCCAGUCAUGCCGCAGCCGGGUGAGAUGGGAAUCACGUAUCUGGAGCUCGCACUGGAUUUUAUCUUCGCCACGCACGUGAUUCCUAGGGAGGCGAACGCGUCCAUCGUCCCCGCCGCGUUCCGGCUCCAGGAGUAUUUUGUGGCAGCUACGCGGCGCGUGGGGGCGCUCUGCCAGGAUCAAGCAUUUCUUGGCAAGCUCAGUCACAAGCGAGUCAGGGCGGCGGCCGCGCUUGAGCCCCCUCCGCUGCGCGGGCUCCUGGUGGCUCGUGUCAUGCUGCACCUGGUGCGCACUAACGUCAGCAACAGAAACUACCCCAAGCAGCUGCCGCGGAUCGUCCUGGGCAGCCUGCCCCCGCCGCUCUCGUCCCCGCCUGGCUCCCAGGGCCCAGCCGCGGACCCUCUGCAGGGCGAGGCCCGGGGGCCCCCGGUGGCGCUGCCAGAGCAGGCCACCUCUGCCAUGCGGGCUCGGCGUGGCCACACCACUCCGCAGACGGCCGCCGAGUUGGCCACGGCGCAGUGGACCGACGAGGAGAAGACCGUCAUCGAUGCGGCAGCGGCCAUCAAUCGGCGUUUCAUGGUGGUCGAGAUGCGCCGCCUCCUCCACAACCGCACGGCAGCGGAAAAGCAGCUCCAUGUCGCGCGGCCGCUGGGCGACCGUGCAGGGAAGUGCGCGCGGUGUGAACACUGCACAUAUGCGGCCAGCCUGGACUGCUUCCAGCGCUUCCUGCGGAUGAAGUGCCAUGUCAUUCAGCUCGAGCGGGCGGGGCAUCUCCGUCAGCACAACCUUGACGCCGAGUUGUCGCUGCCCAAGGCGGACGAGCCGACGAGGGGCGCUUCUGGCAAGGUCCCGACGGCGGUGCCGUUCGAGGUGGAAUUGGGCUUGGCGUCUGGCGAGGCCCGCGCUACUUUCCAGGUGCCCAGGGGUGCGGCUCCCCGGCUCGCGAAGCGGCCGGUGGCGGCGAAAGGCAGUUUUUUCGACCUGUCCUUCGAGGACCGAGCUUCCUGCCCAAGACGCGGAGGGCGGCGGCGAAGGCGGUGCUAG